AUGCUCCAUUUCAUUCUAUGUUUCAGUGACCUCUACCACCUCGUGUCGUCCAGACAAAUGAAUGUGUCCAGCAGAGAAACUACCAACUCUGUCAGCCACUUUAUCCUCAUGGGCUUUCCCUCAAGCCCCAAAAUGCAGCUCCUCUACUUCGGGCUUUUCUCAGUAGCCUAUACUCUCACCCUGAUGGGCAACGCAGCCAUUGCCUGUGCUGUGCGUUGGGACAGGCGCCUUCACACACCCAUGUACAUCCUUUUGGGAAAUUUUUCUCUCCUGGAAAUAUGUUAUGUCACCACCACUGUCCCUAAGAUGUUGGCCAACUUCCUCUCCACAAGCAAGUCCAUCUCCUUUGUGAGUUGUUUUGCACAGUUCUACUUCUUCUUCUCCUUUGGGUAUGAUGAGGGAUUCUACCUUUCCAUCAUGGCCUUUGACAGGUGCCUUGCCAUCUGCCGCCCUCUGCAUUAUCCACGCAUCAUGACCAGACAGCUGUGCACUGGCCUCGUCAUCUUCGGAUGGUCAUGUGGGUUCAUCAUCUUCCUCACUCCAGUUGUUCUCAUUUCAAAGUUGCCCUACUGUGGCCCAAAUGUCAUCAACCAUUUCCUGUGUGAUCCUGUUCCACUGAUGAUGCUGUCCUGUUCUGAAGACAUCACCACCCAGCUCAUUUAUUCCACUUUCAAUCAUAUCUUCAUUAUUGGCACUUUUCUCUUUAUCCUUUGUUCCUAUGCUCUAGUGAUUCUGGCCGUGGUGCGAAUGACCUCAGAGGCUAGCAAACGAAAGGCUUUCUCCACCUGUGCUUCUCAUCUGGCAGUUGUCACCCUGUUUUAUGGACCUAGUAUAAUGAUGUAUGUUAGUCCUGGAUCAGGACACCCAGUGAAAAUGCAAAAAAUCAUUACCUUGUUUUAUUCUGUGGUAACACCUGUGUGCAAUCCCCUAAUAUACAGCCUCAGGAACAAGGAGAUGAAGGAUGCUCUGGUGAAAAUCUUCAAGACCAGAAAAGGUGUUCAUUAA